GAAACUGGUCAGACCUCAGUUGUGACUCCCCUUGUACAGUUUAUUGUCUACUUUACAUUUGAGUGAUUGUGGAAACAGGUUUUGUAUCCCCUCCCCUUAGAACUACCAGCCUCUAUGUUGCUCCUUAUUUAAACCUCUAACCAUUGACUUUGCAUCUAAUCUGAUUCUGCACAGUCUGGGACACAUCAAAAAGAGACAUCAUGUCGAGAAGUGCUGCCAUGAUAGCCAAGGACAGGACGGCUGCUGAUGGUGGUGGAACGAAGAGGAACCCAAUAAAAUAUUUGAAUCAAGACUUUGAGAAGCUAAGGGCACAAUGCUUGGCAACCGGUACUCUCUUUAGUGAUGAAGAAUUCCCAGCAUGCCCAUCUUCCCUGGGUUAUAGUGAACUGGGACCUGGCUCAUCCAAAACCUAUGGAAUUGUAUGGAAGAGACCCAAGGAGAUUUCCCAUAACAACCCCCAGUUCAUUGUGGCUGGAGCAACCCGUGAAGACAUCUGUCAAGGGAUUCUUGGGGAUUGUUGGCUCCUCGCUGCCAUCUCAUCUCUUACAUUGGAUCCGGAACUUGUAGCCCAGGUGGUUCCAGAGAAUCAAAGUUUCCAGAAGGGCUAUGCUGGAAUCUUCCACUUCCGGUUCUGGCAGUAUGGAGAAUGGGUCGAUGUGGUGGUGGAUGACAGGCUGCCUAUGAAGGAUGGAAAACUAGUGUUUGUAUGCUCAAAAGAUGGGGAUGAGUUCUGGAGUGCUCUACUAGAAAAGGCCUAUGCAAAGUUAAAUGGAUCCUACGAGGCUCUGAUUGGCGGUGUGACCAUAGAAGGAUUUGAAGACUUUACCGGAGGUAUCGCUGAGGUGUAUGAACUGAACCAGGCUCCACCUAAUUUAUUCCAGAUCAUCCUGAAAGCCCUUAAGGCUGAAUCACUCAUUGGAUGCUCUAUUGAAAUUUCAAGUUCCAAUGACGUUGAAGCCAAAACAAACAAAAUGCUGGUUAAAGGGCACGCCUAUUCAGUGACUGGAGCUGAGGAGGUGUUAUACCGAGGUCUCCAGGAGGAGCUGAUACGAGUCAGAAAUCCUUGGGGAAAAGUGGAAUGGACUGGACCUUGGAGUGAUGAUGCACCAGAGUGGGAUUAUGUCCAUCCAAAAGUAAAAGCUGCUUUGUUGAAACAGUCUGAUGAUGGAGAAUUUUGGAUGGCAUUUUCAGACUUUCUCAGAGAGUAUUCCCGUCUGGAAAUCUGUAACCUGACUCCUGACACACAUACCAGCACCGAACAGCAUAAAUGGAACAUAACACUAUACAACGGCAGCUGGAUACGGGGGUCUACUGCUGGUGGAUGCCAAAAAUACCCAGACACAUUUUGGACAAACCCACAAUUUCGCAUUAAACUGGAUAAGCCUGAUAAUGACUGGAAGGGGACAAACAACGAGCCGUGCUGUACAGUCAUCGUGGGAUUGAUGCAGAAGAACCGCAGAAGAAACAGAAAGAUGGGAGAGGACUUGCUCAGCAUUGGUUUUUCAAUCUUUAAGAUCCCUGAUCAGCUUCGGGGUCUUACAGAUGUCAACUUCAACAGGGAAUUCUUCCAAACGUUUCCAAGGGUUGCUCAAUCCGAUAACUAUAUAGAUUUACGUGAGGUCUCCAAACACUUCCAUCUUCCAGUCGGGGAUUAUCUGAUUGUCCCAACCACCUUUGAGCCCUUCCAAAUUGGUGACUUCUGCCUUCGUAUCUUCUCAGAAAAGGAGGCAAAAUCUCUGGAAGUGGGCAAUGUAGUGAUAGCAAGUCCAUACGAGCCUAAGAUUUCUAAGAAGGUGGCUGAUGAACUCAAAGAUAUGUUUGACGAUUUUUGCGGAGAGAAGAGAGAACUUGACGCUACAGACCUUCAAAGCAUUCUCAAUGUGCUCCUUUCAAUUCGGUCGGACUUAAGAUCGGAGAAAUUUACACUGAGCACAUGCAGGGAGAUAAUCAGCCUUCAGGAUAUGGAUGGAACAGAAACACUAGACCUUCAGGAGUUCCGAGUUCUCUGGAUGAAGAUACAGAAAUACAUGGCAAUCUUUUCAAAAGUGGACUCAGAUCGUUCUGGAACCAUGGACGCUUAUGAACUAAGAACAGCUUUGCAACAAGCAGGUUUUACCCUGAAUAAUAAGAUCCAGCAAUGCAUUGUCCAACGUUACGCUUCUAAUGACCUGGCUAUUAACUUAGAUGGUUUCAUUGCUUGUAUUAUGCGCCUGGAGACCUUGUUCAAAAUGUUCGAGAUAUUGGACAAGAGUCAAAGAGGGGUCGUUGAGCUGAAUUUGCACGAGUGGCUCUGUGCAACAUUGAUCUGAUCUGGAACAUUAUGCUGUCGUUUUACUGUUCAUCUGGAGCCGUAUCCCUUUUUUCAAAUGUAAAUGUAACUAAACAGUGGGUGCUUGUUGGCAUUUAAUGCCUGAGAACCCCCACCCGGGAGCAGGAUCACUAGUAAAGAGAGGACAAUUGCACUCACUUGCACUAUAACAGCAACAUUCUGCUAUUAGAAUUACCAUGGACUGCUUUUUGCCCACUUUUGCCCAAAUGAAUCGGAGGCUGAAGUAAUGAUAUUGGGUGCACCUCCACCCAUUCACAAAUGUCAGAUAAGAAUAGGCCCCUUGAACCAUAGUCUUAAAGGGAUCCUGUCAUGGGAAAACAUGUUUUUUUUCAAAACGCAUCAGUUAAUAGUGCUGCUCCAGCAGAAUUCUGCACUGAAAUCCAU